GGUCCCUGAGGGGGCGAGGGGUAGGGGGUUGGAUCUCCGGUCCUGAGAGGGAGCAGGGGGGUUGGCUGAGGCUGGCAUGGCCUGGAGGAAGGCGGUGAGGGUGGGACUCGGGGACAGCCAUGAGCGGCUGCGCUGGUGAGUGGUGGGUGGGUGGGAAGGAGGUGGAUCCAGGCAGAGGUUUGGGCGCCCAUGGGUGGCGACGCUGGGGAAAGAGCCGAGAGGUGCCAGGACCCAGAUCCCUGCAGGCAGCGUAGCUGUCCAGGACCUGGGAUGCUGAUCGGUCUGUCUCCUCAUCAGGUGCGAGAUGGACAAGAGGGACAAGUCCAGGGCAGGGGCCGCCGGUCGGACGCCCUCUUCUCGCCCUCCCAACCUUCCGACCCGCAAGGCCCCAGGGUCUCCACGACCCCCUCCCCCCGUAACCAGCGCGGCUCUUCGAGUUCUGGGAGCAGCGGGAGCUUCAGGGCGAGGGCCUCUGGCAGAGCGAGCGGGGGGCAGCCGGGGAGCCGCUCUCCCGGAGGCUACUCCCCGGGGGGGACCACCGCGGAGUGCUGGGACAGGCCCCCGGAGCCCAGCCUCCAGGCCCCCAGCAGCUGGGAGAGGGGAGCGGGCCCCUGCGAAGACCCCAGGCCCAGGCUGUAUCUCUAGCUCGGGGCAUGCCAGCGGGCCCACCAGGCCAGGCCCUCUUGGCCAGAAGGGGCUCCGGCCCCCAGCUGAGGAACCUGUGGCCAGAGGAAAAGCCCCUGAAGGGCCCAGAAGGAGCGCCCUGAGCGCUGGGGCACGGAGAGACUCUUCUGGGUCCACUCCAGCCGUCUCCUCCUCGGCCAUUUCCCGUCGGUCCCGGGUUGCGGGCGCUGAGGUGGGUGUCCCCCGGGCAGCUCCGACUGCCCGGCCCCGGCCCCCGACCGAGGUUUCCAGGAAAUCAGUGAGCAGCGCCCCAGAGCGCAGCGCCGCGGAGCCGAGCCCUGCCACCAGGAGGCGACCCAGCGCCGGCGGGGGCCUCCAGAGGCCAACCUUGCGCCCGCUGGGCUCCAGCGCCACUCCUCUGUCCUCCCCAGCCCGUUCCGGGGCUUCCUCGGCCGGAACACCCCGGGCUCUGGGGCAUCCCUCGCAGCCCAAGUCCAGAGGACUGCAGGCUCUACGCCCCCCUCAGGCCACACCCCCAAGGAAGGGCGCAGUCCCCGCACAGGGCUUUUCUCCGCCUUUGGCCACCUCCUCUCUACCCUGUCCUAUUGCACCGCCUUCCCAUAUCACAGCCUCUCCCUUGCGGGGCUCUCUCCCUCCAUCUCCACCGACCACGCCCCCUCCCCAGGCCCAUAUCCACCAAUUGGCCACGCCCCCUCCACUAGCCCCUCCUCCCUCUGCUCCACCCUCUCUGCAGACCCUCCCCUCUCCACCGGCCACACCUCCUUUGCAAGCUCCCCCCGCACAUCUGGGUACAUCUUUUCCGGAGGUAUCUGCCUCUUCCUUGGCCACGGCCACUUUUCUGACUUCAGUCCCUCCAUCAGUUUCACCCGUUCUGCGGAGUAUGCCCCCCACCGAGGCGUCUUUGGCUUUACCCCCUUUUCCAGCUCUCCCCUCUCCCUUGGCCACACCUCCUUUGUCGGGUCCUCUGCCACCAGCCACUGCCCCUCUACAAGCCCCUCUAUCUCAAGCAACAUCUCUGAGGAACCAGUCUUCUUCCCUAACCACACCCCCUCUUCAGGCUCCUUCUGCUCUGCCCACGCCCCCUCCGCAGGCCGGUCCUUCUCUGUCUCCACCUCUUCAGGCCACGCCUUAUACAAUGGCCACGCCUCCCACACAGGACCCUUCUCUGGCCACAUCCCCUCCACAGACCUCUGCCCCUUCCUCUCUUCUGACCACGCUCUCUCUGCCUCUAGGCUCACCCUCUCCCCUGGCCACGCCUCUGGCCACUCCCCCUCUACAGGCCACUCCUAUACAGACACCAUCUCUGGCCUCACAGCCUCUGCAGGCCCCUCCUCCACUGGCCGUGCCCCCCCCACACACUCCACCUUCUCUGGCCACGCCUCCCUUUCAGGCCGCUCCCUCUCCUCAGAGCUUGCCUCCUCUGCAGGCUCCACCUCCUCUGGCCUCGCUCCCUCUGCAGGCCCCUCUCUCUCCCCCUGCUUCACCCCCUCUGCAAGACCCUCCCUCUCCCCUGGCCACGCCCCCUCCGCGGGCUCCACCUUCUCUGGCCUCACCUCCUCUGCAGGCCCCCCCCUCUCCCCCUGCCUCACCCCCUCUGCAAGCCCCACGCCGCCCCCCAACCCCGGGUCCCGAUGCCCCAAUCUCGGGCCCACGGCUGACCCUGGCGCUGGCCCCGGGUCCACCGCCGCCGCCCUCGCGCAGCCCAUCCAGUACGCUGAGCGGCCCGGACCUGGCGGGCCACAGCAGCAGCGCCACGAGCACGCCCGAAGAGCUGCGCGGCUACGACAGUGGGCCUGAGGGCGGCGCCGCAACCUCCCCGCCCGCCGAUGCGGAGCUCGCCGCCUGCCACCCGGCCGCCUGGAGCCGUGGUUCCACUCCGCCGCUGGCCAUCCGCGGCACCUCAGGAGCGCCCCUGCCUUGGUCUCCUGCUGCCGGGUCGGGCUCUGCUGACGGCUUGUGCACCAUCUACGAGGCUGAAGGGCCCGAGUCGGCGACUCCCGCCACAGGCGCGCUGGAUCCGGAGCUCGGGCCUGGCGCGGGCGGAGGGAAGGCGGCGGCUGGGGCUGGGGCUGGGGCUGGAGCGGCCUCGCGGGGCGCGAAGCCGGCGCGUCUGGGCGAGCUGCCGCUGGGGGCGCUGCAGGCGAGCGUCGUGCAGCACCUGCUGAGCCGGACGCUGCUGCUAGCUGCGGCCGAGGGUGCCGCGGGCGGCACCGGUGGCUCAGGGGACGUGGGGGGUGCAGGCAGCGCGGGGGGAGCCCGCACUGCGCUCAGCGACGCCGAACUGGGCCGCUGGGCCGAACUAUUGUCUCCCCUGGACGAGUCCCGCGCCAGCAUCACCUCAGUCACUAGCUUCUCCCCGGAUGACGUGACUUCCCCGCAGGGUGACUGGACCGUGGUAGAGGUGGAGACCUUCCACUGAGCCAGACCCUAGCCCCGCCCACUCGCCCCACCCCUGCCUUAGGAUCCGUCCCUCAGGUUGCACGUCUUUGUCUUAGAUCUCCCCCUCCCCGCCUGGAGUCCGGCUCCCUGUGGAUUGGUCUCAGACCCCUUAGAGCCCUAGAAUUUUGGCCCAGGCUUGCGACCCACCCAUACCUUUGGCCAAGGCUCACGCUUGAGCCCCGCCCCUUUGGUUUAGGACUAGCUCCCGCUCCCCUCGAGCCUCGUCCCUCUCUCGGCCUAGGCCCUGCCCGGAUUCCAGUGUAUCGUCUACCGCGCGCAGCCCGAGUUUGCAAUAAAGCCGGGACACUGAAGCCUGUUCACUUUCGCCUUCGCGGU